AUGAAGACAUUCAGCAUUGCUUCCGUUACUGCAGCUGCGCUCAGCGGGGCACUUUUUGCUACAUCUGUUAUCGCAGAUCUUCCCCCCAUCGUCAUCAAGGGAUCUCAUUUCUUCUACGAAAACGGUACAGAGUUCUUUAUUCGAGGCGUAGCUUAUCAACAGGAUGUCAGCUCGAAUGGCAGUACAUCGACCGACGGGACCUUCACAGAUCCUCUCGCCGAUGAAGCUGGCUGUACACGAGAUGUUCCUCUCUUGACUGAGUUGGGUACAAAUGUCAUUCGUGUUUACGCCAUCAAUGCUUCUCUCGACCACUCCUUCUGUAUGAACCUCUUGCAAGAGAACGGUAUCUAUCUUCUCCAAGAUCUCUCGAACCCAUCGUCUUCCAUCAACCGAAAUUCUCCGGAAUGGAACACGGAACUCUUCGCCGAUUAUGCCGCAGUUGUGGAUGCUAUGGCGAACUACACAAACGUCCUUGGUUUCUUCGCCGGCAAUGAGGUUUCAAACGAGGCCAACAAUACCGAUGCCAGCGCUUACGUAAAGGCCGCUGUCCGUGACAUGAAGGCUUAUAUCAAGACCAAAGACUACCGAACUAUUGGUGUUGGGUACGCGACCAAUGAUGAUGCUAGCAUUCGUACCAAUCUUGCCCAUUAUUUCAACUGCGGUGACUCGGCUGAUGCUAUCGAUUUCUGGGGGUACAAUAUCUACUCGUGGUGCGGUGAUUCUUCAUACACGGAAUCAGGAUACGACCAGAGAACUUUGGAAUUUGCAAACUACUCAGUUCCUGCCUUUUUCGCCGAGUAUGGAUGCAACACCGUCCAGCCACGUCAGUUCACAGAAGUCCAGGCCAUUUACGGUGAAAAUAUGACCGACGUGUGGUCUGGUGGCAUUGUUUACAUGUAUUUCCAAGAAGCUAAUGACUACGGGCUUGUCUCCGUCUCAGGUACUACAGCUAGCAAGCUGCCAGAUUUCACUGCUCUCUCAAAGCAAUUGGCAUCUGCAACUCCAAGCUCCACUGCCUCUGCAGAUUAUACUGUUACCAACACCGUUGCCCAAGCUUGUCCAGCAACUGGCAGCUCUUGGGCAGCUGCCAGCGCUCUUCCUCCCAUUGCCAAUGUAGACGUCUGUAGCUGUAUGGUUUCAUCUCUUAGCUGUGUUGCCAACAGUGGCUUGAGUGGCAACGAGACCUCCACCUUGUUCAGCACUGUCUGCGGUCUGGAUUCGAGCGCUUGCGAUGGUAUCACUCCUAACGCUACGACUGGUAUCUAUGGCGCCUACUCUAUGUGCUCUGCUUCUCAGAAGCUCUCAUUCGCCUUCAACCAAUAUUACUCUAACCAAGAGCAAGCUUCCACUGCUUGUGAUUUCAACGGAAACGCCAACAUUCAGUCUAGUAGCGAGAGUACGGCCUGCAAGAGUAUGCUGAGCGCAGCGGGUACUGCCGGUACUGGCACUGUUACCAAUAUUCCAACCGACGCCGCCGCCGCCGCCUCAAGCACCUCAUCAAGCACCUCAUCAUCUUCAAGCAAGAAGAGCGCAGCAGGCUCUGUAGUCAUUCCUCGGCUUGACAUGACUUUGUUGCAGCUGGGUGCGUACAUUUUCGUGACCGGGUUGGCAGGUGCUGGCAUGAUAUUGUUGUAA